CCCGUCCCCUGCUUUCCUCUGCAGGGCAGAGCAGGGAGGUGCUAUCGGGGGGAGGCGCCUGUGCUAUCCGCAGCCUUUCCUGCGAGCGCCCUGGCACGCAAGUGAAAGUGAAAGGGGGAACCGGAUCAUUGAGGACGCGCGACCACUCCUAGGCCGCUUCCCAGCUAGGAUGGAGCCUGCAGGGGCCCAGAGGGAAGGAGAAGGGGGGAUUCCUGCUCGGUCUACGUCAAGAGCCGCUGGAUACCAGCCCGGGGAACAAGAGGAGAGAGAGCCGCUAACAAGCACAACACCCCCGGGAACCCCGGAAGAUCGCAGCUCGCCCUGCACUCAGUGGGCACCCGGCACCGGCCGUGAGCCCCAGGUUCGCAGCGGGUCGAGAGAUCGGAGUCUUGGGGGUGAUUCUGAAACUGGGAGCCCUUCGUUACCGCCUAAUGCAACUUUCUGGUUACGGAAACUGUCGGGAUGCGGGGAGCUGUUCAGUCGGCUGAAGGAAGCUGUGUCCGGCCUUUUCUCAUGCCAGAAUCGCAUCGCUGGAACUGUUUCUGUUGCUGUUUUGAUUUUGGUAUUGGUCCUGGUAAUUCUCCCGAUUGCAUGGCAUCUCUUCAAUAAAGAACCUCCCAUCUCCCUGCCCUCUGAACCAUGCCCUGAGGACUGGCUGUACUUCAAAAGGAAAUGUUAUUUUCUCUCAGAGGAGGAGAAGGACUGGGACUCCAGUCAGAGCUUCUGUUCCCUUUAUGAAGCUUCACUAGCUGUGAUUGAAAACCACCAAGAAAUGCAUUUCCUCACUAAGCGUAUGCACAUGCAAGACUCUUGGAUUGGACUGCGCAAGCGAGAAGAAGGCUUCUACUGGGUCAAUGGCAUUCCUCUUACAACAGACCUGUAAAGCAAGUAGAGGACAGCUACCAAGAGGGAUUUUAAAGCUAACUGGCUGGCUGGGUGUCCAGAAAGGAGAGCUACCCCCACACCCUUCAUUUAUCACAGUAGCCAUUUUGAGAGAGGGCAUUUUUGUGAAUGGCAUCCCUUUAGCUUCAUUAUCAUUGAGAACAUAGGAGAUAGCAGCCAUUUUGAAAGAGUUCCAUGAUGGAGAACAGUAUUUGUCAGCUUCUGCUAAAGGAGAAACAUCUGAGACAGGUUUCACAUACAGGAUCAUGAAGAAUGUGCCUACACAGAUUCAUCUAGUAUCUCUACAUCAGCAUGUUCUUUACCCAGGCACUGGAUUUGCAGCCGCCAUCCCUCCAAGUGAACAGUUCAAGGGGAUCUUUAACAACCAAAAGUGGGCCAGAGUUUUACCGUCACUUCAAAAAGAUGGCACGUCUAGCCCCACAGCACCAGGGGUGAAAGUAACAUAAAACUCUUACUGGUAUAGGGGCCCGGCUCCAGGCACCCAGAAGGGGCAUGGACUCAGGCAGAAGGGGCGGGGCUGGGGCUCAGCCUCCCCCAGUCAGCCUUUCCACGCUGCCUGGCCUGUGCCGCCCAGGACUCCAGCGGCGGCUUAAAGGGCCCGGGGCUCUGGCCGCUGCUGGCCUCGAGUCAUCUGCCCCUUUUGCCCCCCUCUCGGCGGCCCUGGGGGGGCAAAAGGGGCAGUGACGUUACAGCAAGAAGUUUUGUAUCAUCUGCCAAAUUUUCCACCUCAAACUUGUUUUGGGGCUGUCAAGUGAUUAAGGGCAGUCAAAGGUUUCCUAGCCAUACGGAGCCAGGAGCUGGGUGUGCUGUUUAUACACUGUGAAGGACAUAAAUCCACACCGUGAAGAGGUCAAGCAUAGGAGUUUAUUACACACAGCGCUGGCAGAGUGUCACCUGGCUUAUUAGGCUCAGGGACACUGUCAAUCAAUUGAUUUUCCAUGGG